AUGACCCAGAUCACCGAAAAACCCGAAACAAAACGCGUCGCUACCGCCGCCUGCACCGUCUCCUUCUCGAACGCACGACCCUGGGAAAUCCUCCGCGAGGGCCAGACCACGCACAAAGGCGACGUCUUCAGCGUUGCCCGGAUUGCAGGUAUCAUGGCCGCAAAAAGAACGCCUGAUAUCGUGCCCCUUUGUCAUCCAGGCAUUGGUAUUACCGGGGUUGAGGUUAGCGUAGAACUAGUUGAACCUGCGCAAAACAGGGAUCAUGGCGGCAUGCAUGUCGUGGCGUCGGUCAGCUGCUUUGGUCGUACAGGGGUGGAAAUGGAGGCUAUGACCGCUACUAUAGGUGCGGCUCUAACGGUUUACGACAUGCUAAAGGCUGUGGAUAAGGGAAUGGUUAUUGAAUCCGUUCGAUUGUUGGAGAAACAGGGUGGAAAGAGUGGGCAUUGGCUCACAAAGGGCUUUGACCAGAUGAUCCUCCCUAACCCUAAUGGGGCAUUCUUGCUAUAA